GGGAUGUGAUUGUCGGUACAGUUGUUAUUGAUCUCGCACAGAGACACAGCGGAGAGAGUGUCCGGUGAUAACGGCAGCGUAACAUGACACGGGACGCCGAGGCACGGGAUGAACUCCCUGACUGGGCCGGUGCCAAGGAAUUCUACCAGAAAUAUGAUCCCAAGGAAAUCAUCGGCAGGGGGGUUUCAAGCACGGUACGACGGUGUAUUCAUCGAGAGACGGGCCGGCAGUUUGCCGUGAAGAUUAUUGAAGUGACUCCGGAGAGACUGAGUCCUGAGCAGCUGAAGGAGGUGCGACUCUCUACUGCCAAGGAGAUGGAGAUUCUGCACCAUGUCUCUAACCACCCUUCUAUCAUUUCACUGAUAGACUCCUAUGAAUCCUCCACGUUUAUAUUCCUGGUGUUUGACUUGAUGAAGAGAGGGGAACUGUUUGAUUACCUGACGGAGAAAGUCACACUCAGUGAGAAAGAGACCAGGUGUAUUAUGAGGUCUCUCUUGGAAGCAGUUUAUUACCUGCAUACGAACAACAUCGUGCACAGGGAUCUCAAGCCCGAGAACAUUCUCAUGGAUGACUGUCUCAACAUCAAGCUCUCGGAUUUUGGCUUUAGCUGCAUCCUAAAGCCUAAUGAGAAGCUACGAGAGCUUUGUGGGACACCUGGGUAUUUGGCUCCAGAGAUAUUGAAAUGCUCAAUGGAUGAGACCCACCCAGGAUACGGCAAAGAAGUUGAUCUCUGGGCGUGUGGAGUGAUUGUGUUCACACUGUUGGCCGGAUCACCCCCUUUCUGGCACAGGAGACAGAUGCUGAUGCUCCGUAUGAUUAUGGAUGGUCGAUUUCAGUUUGGUUCUCCGGAAUGGGACGACCGAUCUUCCACUGCUAAAGAUCUGAUCUCUCGUUUAUUGGAGGUCUGUCCCGAGAAGCGUCUCACGGCAGAGCAGGCUCUCCAGCAUCCUUUCUUCCAGAGCCACCAGAGAGACCAGGAUACUCCUGUCAAACGAUCUCAACGCUUCCGGAUUGCAGCCUGGGCUGCACUGGCGUGUGUCCGUAUCCUGGUACGAUGGAGGCGAGCCCGGCCUAUCACAAGUCAGCUUCUGAUGAGGGACCCAUACGGAAUUAAAGGCGUCCGUAGACUGAUUGAUGCGUGUGCUUUCCGCAUUUAUGGGCACUGGGUGAAAAAGGGAGAGAGACAGAACCGGGCAGCGUUAUUUCAGAACCAGCCCAAAGCCCUGUUACUUGCUAUGGGGGAUGAUGAUGAGCGGGACUUGGAGAUGUGAGGCCAGCUGAUAUGGACAAGAUGUGAGCAGCUUACCCAGCUGAUACGGACAAGCACAUAGAAUCAGGAGGGCUGUAUUAGCCAAGCACAACUCCUAGAAGAUAAUAAAUAUGAGUGGGACAAACCGUAAGGAAACCAUUACGACAUCAAGUUACCGCGGCCAUAAAACAUCUCCACAACUCCAUCCAAGAGACUGCUUACUUUCUGCAUGACGUAGCUAACGAUCAAAAGCAGAACACGGGAACCAAUCAAUGUGUUGCCCAUUCACCAUAGAGCAAGAACUGAGCAAAAUACUCUCUCAUAAAACAUAAUGGUUACAGGGGGUGCCGAACUAUAAGGGGAACAAAUAUAGAUCAUUUAAACUGGUCUUUUUUUUUUUUAUAUUAUAUUUAAUGUUUUAAAGUUAUUACAGAGAUGUCUUUUAUUUGUAAAUAAAGGUGAUUUUUUUUUUCUG